AUGGGAGAAGAAGCAGCAGAUACAUCAGCAUGGGAUACAUCCGUCAAGGAAUGGCUUGUUGAUACAGGAAGAGUUUGUGCAGGUGCAGUAGCAAGCUUAGCAGAUGAAGGUCGUAUAUUUGGUUGUGCAAUAGAUAAUGAGAAUGAAUCUGCAUGGGAGAAAUUAAUAAAAAAUAAUUAUAAAAUAGAAAUGAUGAAAGAAGAUGGAGAAAUUGAAUUAAUUGAUUGUUAUGAACAUGAAUUACUUAGACAUGCAAUUGUUGAUGGUAAAGCACCUAAUGGUGUAUAUAUUGGAGGUAUUAAAUAUAAACUUGCUGAAGUUAAACGUGAUUUUACUUAUAAUGAUCAGAACUAUGAUAUAGCUAUACUAGGUAAGAAUAAAGGAGGAGGUUUUCUUAUAAAAACACCUAAUGAUAAUGUAGUUGUUGCCCUUUAUGACGAAGAAAAAGAACAAAAUAAGGCAGAUGCAUUAACUACUGCAUUAGCAUUUGCUGAAUACCUAUAUCAAGGAGGAUUCUAA